AUGGUGGUUUUAUCACAGCCACUAGUCACUUUUGACAGCCACCUUGUUAACCCAAAAUACAAACCGAGUCCGGUUUUAAUCCCGGUUAUAGACUUAACCGAUCCAUAUGCCAAAACCCUAAUCGUGAAGGCAUGCGAGGAGUUUGGGUUCUUCAAAGUCGUCAACCAUGGUGUCCGAACCGAUCUAUUGACCCAGUUGGAACAAGAAGCAACAAAGUUCUUUGCUUUGCCUCAGUCUCUCAAAGACAAAUCCGGUCCACCCGACCCGUUUGGGUACGGUAGUAAACGGAUCGGACCCAAUGGGGACGUAGGCUGUGUUGAGUAUAUUCUCCUCAAUGCUAACCCUCUCCUUCCCUCUCACAACACCACCGCCAUUUUCCGGCAAACCCCUGCAAAUUUCAGAGAGGCGGUGGAAGAGUACAUUGAGGAGAUGAAGGGAAUGGCGAGCAAGAUUCUGGAGAUGGUAGCGGAAGAGCUAAAGAUAGAGCCAAAGGAGAAGCUGAGUAAGCUAGUGAAAGUGAAAGAGAGUGAUUCGUGUCUGAGGAUGAACCAUUACCCAGGCAAGGAACAAGAGAUUGGGUUUGGUGAGCACACCGAUCCACAGUUAAUAUCGGUGCUUAGAUCAAACGAAACAGAUAGUUUACAAAUCUGUCUGAAAGAUGGAAGUUGGGUCACUGUUCCACCUGAUCACUCUUCUUUCUUCGUUAAUGUCGGAGAUACUCUUCAGGUAAUGACUAACGGGAGAUUCAAGAGUGUGAAACACAGAGUGCUCACAGAUACAAAGAGGUCAAGAUUAUCGACGAUCUACUUCGCUGGUCCUCCUUUGACCGAGAAGAUUGCACCAUUAUCAUGCCUUGCCCCAAACCAAGAGGAUUGGCUUUAUAAAGAGUUUACUUGGUCUCUAUACAAGUCAUCUGCUUACAAGACUAAACUCGGUGACUACAGGCUUGGUCUCUUUGAGAGACAACUUCCAUUUUCUUUAUCCAAUGUUUGA